GUGGAGAGGAUUGAACUUGGAGCUGAGAGCAGUCCACUACUAAAUGUGUUGGAAGUGACCAGGUUAUCUCAGGAAUCUAAAAUGAGCGACACAUAUGCGGUGGUAAACAAAGUCCCCAAGUAUACGUGCAUAUCACUGCCGAAUGCCAACGCAGAGAGCAGCUCCCAUCACUACGUCAACGACCCCACAAAGGCACAAGAUGCCACCAUGUACAGCACCGUCAGACCCCGAAAUCGACCUAACACUGUGGACACACAUGUUUACAACACAGCAAUAGAAGUCAACCAAAGCCAGGGGGCGGGGCCACAGGCACACGUUGAUGACUCUCACCUGGCUUCAGCUGACGAUGACUAUGAAGAUUUUUCAGCUAAUGUUGCCACCCUCACAUCCCAGGACAGCAUCGGAUUCAACUGCCGAGUGCAGAAGCCUCGAGGACCCAGAGACCCCCCUGCUGAGUGGAGCAAGCUAGAACGAUGACUCAGCAGAAGUGGUCCAUGGUGGUUGAAGACGCUUAAAUAAAAGUGAACAAAGUUCACAAGUAAAAUGAAUGUUUGAAAUUAUAAUUCUGUAAUAUCAUUAUGUGUAUGCUAAAUCUACAUGCAUUUCAAAGACCAAAAUGUGUUUUUUAUUUACCAAACAGACUGGAUGUUUUCACAAAACCCUGAAUCUGCUUUAAGACACAAACGACAAAUGAGAGGAGUAUGGUCAAAUUGAUGAUCCUUCCGGGUAUUUUCUGCGUUUUAAUAGGAGUGCAGAUGGCGUUAUCCGUAGAGGAGUUAUUUUUAUUUUUUUUCUUUUGCCUCUGCUAAAAAUAUAUGGUAUGUGUGAGUUUCUGCAAGGUCACCGACUACUGAACCUGUCAGAUGAUAGAAGUUUCCUUUUAUGAUGUGACUAAAAUCAUCUCAUCGCAGGAGCUCAGGAGGAUUGAUGUGUUUUAAGAAGAAAGUUCAUUACAGCUGUAUACAUGACUUUUUUUUAAAUAAAUUAAGUUACUCUUAUUCCAUGAACUACUGCUACACAUACUGCCAUUUACAUAUAAAUUGUAUAACAACCAUUGAAUUCUAAAAUCAAUGUUUAAAUAAAGAAAAAGUGUUGAUAUGAAUGAUCACAAGAAGAUCUUGUAUAGAGACGUUCAUGUGCAGUGGACUGUAGAUGUAAUUGAGGAGUGAUAGGUGCGGGGCUUAUUGCAUUGGCUUUGUUUGGCGGGUGGUGGGUGUUGCUUUUGUCAAAGCUAUUAUUGCAGUGAGCAUUGUGAUAGACAGCAGUUUGUAUCUAGUUCAAGGAAGAAAGCUUUUACUGUGGGUGGAUUUGCUGAAUAAUACUUUGAACAUCAAGGUUUUAAUCAAAAUGAUUUCUUGACAAAGUGCCCCAAGAAGGAUGAGGUCAUGUGAUGAACAGUAAAACGGACCUUACAUGACACCUUGAGGUUCGCCACAAAGAGCCUCAGGCACAGGUCAUUGUGGAUUUAUAAAGCGAUGUCAUUUAUAUAAACAAGAAAAUAAAAGAUUUUUGCUGAAGGUCAAACUAGGAAGAAAAGCAUAUUCUCGCUCAAAGGAUGAAUAUAUAAUAAACAAACACAGAAAACAGAACAGCCAUUUUUUAAAAAAAAAUUAUUUCUCAGCAGCCAAAAAUAUAUCAGUCAGAAAAACUCUCAAGAGUCGUGUGGAAUGCAUAUUAGGACAUGCUGCAAUGCAAGAAUGGUUCUACUUUUACAACUAAAUAGUCACACAAAAUUAAACAGCUACUCAAUGUGAUGGAACUAUACUGUACUGCAGUCAAUGCCAAUGGUCUAAUAUGAGGCUACACCAACUUUCAGCUAUUUUUUUAAGAAAAUAAAUCCUUUUAUGAGUUGUUGGGGGUUUUUUUUGUCUCUUCAUAACACAUCACUGUUUAAUGAUGAUAAAUACAACUAAACCGUUUGAUUGACAUAAAAGGUAUUUUAAUAGACAAAAUGGAGGAAUAUACUGUAUAUGUUGAGAGCGCUGCCCUGCAAUGGAGCCCAGUUGCUAGGUAACAAAGCGGCUCCACUUUGAAGUUUUUUCCUGUUCUGAAUUUGUUUGUUUUUGCCUUGCUUUCUUUUUUCACUACCAGGUCAAAACAAGGUUGGCUUUUCUGGGAGCAGAAACCCCAGCUCCGAAGCUGAAUGUGGAUUUCUAUUUGUUGGCUGGGAUUUAAAAACGACUAAAGGCUCGAUAUAACUUUUCAUCCCCUCCCAUAGUUUAGCAUCGACCUUUGACCCAGCUCUUCUUAUAUUCACCUCAGUAUUCUACCUGCUCCACCUGCAGUGACUUUUCUGACCACUGGAAGGCAGAAAAACUCUACCAAGUCAAACGUUACGGAACCUUUUAAAUAAGCCUUCUCGGUUAUAUAGUUCUUAAAUUACAGGUCACAGACGGUUAUCUAACUUAAUUUGAAAUGGAAAAUCCGGAUAAUAUUCCGACGCAACAUCACUAUUUCAUUUAAAAUCUGCCAGAUUGUACUGGAAAAACGUCAAAACUAAUGAGUAUAACGGGCGUACAGAGCUUUUGGGUAACUUAAUAAACAUGUAAUUCAAUUGGCUCGGAUGUAUUAGGGUUACACUUUUUGUCCAUUAUUUGAUGUGUCAAAACUGUUCAUGAAAAAGAUUGGAAAUAUUUCUGACGUUGCAAGAUCUGUAUGUAUUAUAUUUUAAUAUUUUUUAAAGCUAUGAACAGCCCUAAAAUGCCAGGUGAUGCAUUGCUCUUAUUUUGAGUUGUAUGUAUGGGUGAGUCAAAUAAAUGAGCCUGACUUACAGUCAGAUACACUGGCAAAGAGAAUGAACAUGGUCAGCUUAUUUUACUUUAAAC